GCGUCAUAGCAUCCCUUUGGAAUGCUGGUUGAAGUCUGUUGCCUGUUCUCACCACCUUAAAAUAUCGCUAUCUGCUUUGGAAAGUGUACACUCUGAACUCAUUGACAGAAGGGUUUUUUUAGAGCCCAUACAUUCAGGGCGGAAGGAUCGCUGUUCAAUAUAAGCGCUUGAACACGAAGGGGUGGCCGUACCAGCUGAGACAGGGCUAUGUUUUGCUCUAUCUCUGGAACAGUGCCUGAGGAGCCUGUGAUCAACAGAAGUAAUGGGCAACUUUUUGAGAAGCGUCUCAUCGAGAAGCAUGUUCAGGAAACUGGCAAGGAUCCCAUCACUGGCGAACCUGCUUCUUUGGAAGACUUGCUACCCGUGAAGACAAACAAGGCUGUGAAGCCAAGGCCGUCUGCAGCCACCAGCAUUCCAGGCUUGCUCGGCCUGUUCCACAAUGAGUGGGAUGCGCUCAUGCUGGAGUCUCACCAGCAACGCAUCGCCCUGAUCCAGUCCAGGCAGGAGCUGUCGCAUGCAUUGUACCAACAGGAUGCUGCCUGCCGCGUCAUCGCAAGGUUGACGCGAGAGCGCGAUGAGGCCCGAUCGCAGCUGGAAAAUGCGGUCGCCGUUGCGCGCUCGGAUCUGGCGAACGGCAAGCGCACAGCCGAGGUGGAGGGCGAAGAGGAGCAGCCUGCUAAGCGGGCGGGCAUCCCUGCAGAAGUGUCCAGCGAAAUGCUGGAGCACAGCAAAGCGCUGUCCAAGGGGCGUAAGAAGCGGAUCAUGCCUGCCAGCCUCGCCACACCCCAGGACAUCGAGGCCUUCUCCCUCAUCAGCAGCCACCCCCUGCACAAGAGCACCAAGGGAGGCAUCCUGUCCAUUGACGUCGCUCAGGACAACGAGAACCUUCUGGCGACGGGAGGCGCUGACUCAGUGGUGGUGCUGUUUGACCGGGAGGCGUCGCGCAUCCGCGCCUCGCUCACGGGCCACACCAAGAAGAUCAACAGUGUGAAGUUCUUCAAGGACUCCUCGCUCCUGGUGUCGGCCUCCGCCGACCACACUGCGCGCAUGUGGCGCGCCAACGAGGACGGCUCCUACUCAGCGGCCCACGUCCUCACGGAUCACAGUGAUGAGGUCACAGCCGCCACGCUGCACGCCACGGGCUCCUACUUUGUGACCGCCUCCCUGGACGCGACAUGGGCGUUCUAUGAUAUCGAGACAGGCACCUGCUUCACUCAGGUGCCUUCCGCGGGCGCCGGAGAGGGCUACACCAGCGCAGAGUUCCAUCCUGAUGGCCUCAUCCUUGGCACAGGCACAGCAAACUCCCUGGUCCGCAUGUGGGAGGCGCGCCAGUCAAAGGCCGUGGCGCGGUUUGACGGGCACAAGGGAGCGGUGCGGGGCCUGUCCUUCAGCGAGAACGGCUACUACCUGGCCACCGCGGCCGACGAUGGCGUCAAGGUGUGGGACCUGCGCAAGCUCAAGAAUUUCAAGACGCUCGAGGCUCCGGCCGGCACGGCCGCCGGCGCGCCGCUCGCCGUCGGCUUCGACUUCAGCGGGCAGAACCUGGCGAUUGGCGGCAGCGACGCGCGCGUCGUCGGCGUCAAGCAGGACUGGGCCGCUCUCUUCUCACUGUCGGCCGCCCUCGGCAACAAGGGGGUGUCGGCUGUGAAGUGGAGCCAUGACUCGCGCCAUCUGUUUGUGGGUUCCACGGACCACAAUCUGCGCAUCUUUGGGGGCGAUGCAUCUGCAAUGGCCAGCUAGAUCAGCUGAAGGCCCUGAGGAAGCUUCUUUCGUUGGCCCAAGGCCACAUGUGCAAACUUUGGCAACUGGAGACCGGCUGAGUUGACAACUUAAAUGCUGUGGGGCUGGAGAGUAGCAACAGUCCAGAGGCCCUUGUUGCUGGAAACAUUCCAAGACUGCAGCCCUGCUGUGCCUGUUGCUCUCUUUGGACCCUCCCUGCUGCAUGUCGUGGUACACAAUUGACUAUAGAAUGCAGCAACAUAGGAGAUCACUUUGUUGGGAACCUGUUCAGGAUAUCGCUUGGAUCAGGAUUGCUUGUGCAUCACUUGCAGAACCCAUCAAAUCAGCAACAUCCAUGAUGGUGUUGAAGUCACCAUAAUCCAAGUUCUGUUGUCCAAUAUCUGAUUAAAGGAUUACAUUACUUC